UUUGGUUUGAGGUUGUGUCCGUUUAGUUAGUUUAUGCGGCGUUAAAUGAUGUAUUUGAAUAUUCCUGCUCCUGAGAGAGAGAGCAGAGUUACGACGAGAUGAAUGAGCUCAGCCCAAAAUCAUAUAAAACCAGAAGCCCCAACGAAACUUCUUCUGCCUUCACUAACCCCAAACUUCGAAACUUCGUCCUUCACUAACCACACCACACCACAUUCCUUCUCCCUUGGUCAAGUCCUCUGCCCGACACCCACUCACCAUCUCCAUUCGCCUCCCAUGGGUCGACCCUCUUUCAUCCUCCUCAUCUAUUGCUUAAUCGAGUCCGGUCUCCUCUACCCAUCCUUUGCCUCACCAUCCUCCGAGACCUUCCAUGGCUCCGAUUCUCGUCGCCACCCCAUGGUCCUUCCGCUCUAUCUCUCGCCUCCUAAAUCGUCCUCUCACCGCCGAGAGUUCGAGGGCCGCCGACUUCAUAAAUCGGACCAGCCUAGGCCUAAUGCUCACAUGAGGCUCUACGACGACCUUCUCUCCAAUGGCUAUUAUACGACGCGGCUACAAAUUGGGACUCCUCCUCAGGAAUUCGCUCUAAUUGUUGAUACGGGAAGCACCGUCACUUAUGUGCCCUGUUCAGAUUGUGAACACUGCGGGGAGCAUCAGGAUCCUAGGUUCCAACCGAAUUCAUCUAAAACGUACGAACCUGUAAAGUGCAAUAUGAAUUGUAAUUGUGACAAGGACGGGGUUCAGUGCACUUAUGAGCGUCGGUAUGCCGAGAUGAGCUCAAGCAGUGGUGUCCUUGGUGAGGAUGUCAUUUCCUUUGGUAAUGAAAGUACACUUGUACCACAGCGUGCAGUUUUUGGCUGUGAAAAUGUGGAAACUGGUGAUCUAUAUAGCCAGAGGGCUGAUGGAAUAAUCGGUUUGGGUCGUGGUCGGCUUAGUGUGAUGGAUCAACUUGUUGACAAGGGUGUUAUUGGUGACUCGUUCUCAUUAUGUUAUGGUGGGAUGGGUGUAGGUGGGGGUGCCAUGAUUCUUGGGGGAAUCUCUUCUCCCCCUGAUAUGGUAUUUACCCACUCAGAUCCUUACCGCAGUCCAUACUACAAUAUUGAUUUGAAGGAAAUACAUGUGGCCGGGAAACCAUUGAAAUUAAGCCCAAAGGUCUUUGACAGAAAGCAUGGAACUGUCUUGGAUAGUGGAACUACAUAUGCUUAUCUUCCAGAGGAAGCUUUUUAUGCAUUUAAGGGGGCUAUUAUGAGGGAACUGGGUUCCCUUAAACAAAUUCAUGGUCCCGACCCUCAUUAUAAUGAUAUUUGUUUUUCAGGCGCCGGAAGGAAUGUUACUCAACUAUCAACAAAAUUUCCACAAGUUGAUAUGGUAUUUAGCAAUGGGCAAAAAUUGUCUCUUUCUCCAGAAAACUACUUGUUCCGGCAUACGAAGGUUAGUGGUGCAUAUUGCUUGGGAAUUUUUAAAAAUGCCGAUCAAACUACUCUUUUGGGAGGAAUUCUUGUCCGCAAUACCCUUGUGACUUAUGACCGAGAAAAUGAUAAGAUUGGUUUUUGGAAAACUAAUUGUUCUGAACUUUGGAAGAGUUUGAACUAUCUCAGUUCUCCUCCUCCUAACACACCCUUGGACUCUGAUAACUUGAAUGGAAGCACAGAAAUUCCUCCUAGUGUAGCUUCUGAUGGAUUGCCUAAAACUGAUUUCCCAGGACAUAUAUAUCUUGAGAUGAAGCUUGGCGUCAACAAAUCAGUGAAGCUCAAUUUUACAGAGCUUACAGGGUUAAUUGCCAAAGGAUUGGAGGUUAAAGUUUCACAGGUUCACUUAACGAACUUAAAAGUUGAAGGAAAUUCUUCCUUCAUUACAUGGGCCGUUUUUCCUGUUUCCAAUACGACUGCAAUGAGUAUAAUUUUGCGCUUGAAGGAACCUCUGCAGCUCCCAGAGAAAUUUGGAAGUUGCCAGGUUAAGCUAAAAGUUGAGCCUCAAAAGAAGCAAUCAUGGUGGAAGCAGCAUCAUAUAUGGACGGUGACUAUUGGAGUGACAGUUACCUUAGCUUUUGGAUUAUUAACAUUAGGGGUGUGGUUGUUUUGGAGACACACAAGACAAAAGGUUGGUUCAUAUGAACCUGUUGACGCCAUUAUUGCUGAACAAGAGCUUCAGCCACUUGAAAAGGCAAAAAUGUUAAUUGGGUAUUGAUGAUUUUGUAUAGUGGCUUCAUAUAUAUAUAUACACUUAGUGAGGAAAGUCUUUCUCUAGGCAUCUCGAGAACGUUCUAUCCAUAUUUGAAUGAUUUGGAGAAGAAAUAUGUAAUCCCUGUCUGUAUGACGAAUAUGACAAUAGAAAAAAUUACAUACAAAGAAGAUUUAUGAAAUGCUCACGAUUUUAUCAAAAA